UAAUAGUGGGCGCAAAGUGAAUUUGAACUUGGAGUGUUGGACGAGGACAUCGGCUUGAGAGGAGCUGUGCACAGACAUUUGUUUGGGAACCUGCAAAGUUUUAAAUGAUAAAUCCCUCUGAAGCUUUGGACUAUAAGAUUGGAUGGAGAUGACUGGACACAUCCUCACACAACUUCUCUGCCUUGUCUGCCUCUGCUCAGCUCAUCCUCAGCCAGCAGCGAGGAUACCUAGCAGCUUGCAUGCUGCUGGCUCUCUAGGCGGCAGGGUGGUGUUGACGUGCAACCUCCCCAUGAUGCUAGCUUCUCCCAGCAGUACCGCUGAUUCUACAACACACAGACCUCUGCCUGACGAGCCGGUCAGAAUACAGUGGCUGAAGCUGGAUAAGCAAGAGGAGAAACUGGUACUGGUGGCCCAGGGAGGGGUAAUGAAGGUGGGGCUGGAGUUCAUGGGCAGGGUGUCAGUGCCCGGCCACCUGCUGUCACUUAAGGAUGCUUCACUGACUAUUAUGAGACUCCGUGUGAGCGAUGCAGCGUUGUACCUCUGCAAGGUGACACAUGGGCUGGAGGAAACCCAGAACAUAGUCAGCCUCAGCGUCUCCGGUGUGGUGUUUCACUACCGAGCAAACUCCAGCCGCUACUCUCUGGACUUCGGCGAAGCAACAGAGGCGUGUCGCCAUGUGAACGCCUCCAUCGCCACACCCGAACAGCUGACUGCUGCCUUUGAGGGCGGCUUAGAUCAAUGUGAUGCAGGAUGGCUUGCUGACCAGUCUGUCCGAUAUCCAAUCACGAUGCCUCGUCCUGGCUGUGAAGGUGACCUUCUGCACCGACCAGGUGUAAGAACGUACGGCCGCCGUGACCCCACAGAGAGAUAUGAUGUGUACUGCUUCGUAGAUGAACUGCAGGGUGAAGUCUUCUAUCCCUCUUCCAUCACCAAUAAGAUUACCUGGCAAGAGGCAAAGGAGGAGUGUGAAAAGCAUGAUGCUGUGUUGGCGUCCCCUGGUCAGCUGUUUGCUGCCUGGAUGGAUGGGCUAAGCCGCUGCGACUAUGGCUGGCUGUCUGAUGGUAGUGUCCGGUAUCCCAUCAACGUCCCCCUGCCUCAGUGUGGAGGAGGCCUGCUGGGGAUCAGAACACUCUAUAAGUACGACAAUCAAACGGGCUUCCCAGACCUGACCGACAGGCAUGGAGCUUUCUGCUUCAAAGCUAAACUCCCAGAAACAACAGUCAGCCCACAGACAAGUCCAGCUGCGUCCAAACCCGAAACCUCCUCAACUAGUCUGCAUGUACCAACAUCCUCACAUUCAGACAGAUCUGAAAUUCAAGUCAGAACAGAGGAUGCUGCGCUUUCACAAACAGAGAGCCCACUUGCAACCGGCACCAUCCCCGACAUCAGAGACUGGAUGUCCACUUCUACCACCUUUGUUGAAUAUGACAUUCAACAAUUUUCCCCUUUCGGGGUAGAGUCGGAGCCAGUUAGAGGGGACCGUUUAUCUACCGAGCCCCUACCCAGCCCUCGCAUUCAGCAUUCACCACUAGACACCCCCGAACCAGGUGAGCAGGACAUGAGGAGCAGGGGGGAAGCAGACAGUGUUAAUAUCAGCUCCAGCAAUGGUUUAGGAGAAGUUACUACAAAAAGCAUCCUGACACUUAAAUUGGCUGGAGAAGUCACCACUAAGAUUGAAACCUCAUCCCUGAAAGCAAUGUUGACUCCUCCACCUCUUCCAGGGAUUUUCCCAUCAAAGUCAGAUCCCCUACCCAUCAAGACAGAAGUGGGUCAACAACCUGCAGGGGUGCUCAAAGAUGAGGUUAGCCCUAAACCAACAACUGAACUCGAACUGAAACCACAUGAAGACAUUUCUACAAGUGGAGCCUCAUCAGGCAAAUCACCUCUCCAUGUCCUCAUUGUUAGUGUACCGUGGAGAAAUGAGUCAGGGAUUGAUACGAAAGAACAGUCUGCUGCAGUGAGUCGUGUCUUGGGUUUCCUGAACCAGCCACCAAAUGGCUCCCAGUCUGUCCUCCCAGACAUCUCCAGAUUCACACCGGUAUCCAGUGAGGCUGUCCUGAGAAACCAAGACUUUGAACCCUCCCUGCCUGAGACAAUACACUUUAUCAACGGAAAACAUGAGGUGACAUUCAGCCCACAAAUUCCUGAGGAAGCCAGAAGGGAUCAGUUUGAGACAGUGUCUCCUGUUUAUGUGGGGGUUAAAGUUGAAGACCAAGAGGACCCAAGUGUGCAUCCUUCAGACUACAGUGUUUUACAGAGCCUCACAGAUAAGGCCAGUGAUGAGACUACUCCUCCCACAGAUACAGCCAAACAGGAUGUUAGUGUUUUAGUCCUUGAUAUCAAGGCAGUCCCCAAAGUCUUCCUGGACCCACAGACUACUACAUUUCAAGAGCUAGAUAAAGGGGCAACCACCACCUCAUAUUCAUCUAUGGUCUCAACAAUAACAUCUAUCACACCGCCAAGUCCACUUGUCCCCGCUGUUUCCGAACUUGGCCCUCAUGUCAUCUUUGAAGGCAUAGAGGACAAUAAUGCGGGUGCUCCUCAGGAGACUUCUGCAGACAGAACUGUUCCCACCACGUCUUCAAUUUUACCUGGUGUGAUGACGGAUGAAGCUGAGAUUGGAUGGACAGAGCCUCCAACUUUUACCCCAGAUAUAAUUUCCCAUAAAAUGUCCACACAGGCCCAGAUAGGUAACUUUGAUGGGUCUGCUUCUGGAGAAGAGGAGGCCUCGGGGCAAGAUGUUUACCCUCCAGAUACACCUAGCCUUGCCAACACGCCCUUAUCAAUUCACCUCCCCCUGCAUACCCAACAGCCUCUACUCUCAACAGUUAUCAACAAAGUAACAGACAGAGUUGCAGAGGCUGCUCAGGGUGUUCCAGAAACAGGCUCAGGUGUGGAGCAGGUGUCUGGAGAAGGGGAGACCUCUGGGGAUCUGGUUGGUCAGACUGCCUUGCCUCCAAGGGUCGGUGCCACUUUUUUAUCCGCUGUGACAGCUCUGACUCCUCAACACCAAAAUACAACAGAAAUACAGGACACAGUCUCCAAAAUCAGUAGAGUUAGUUCCCUCACUUCACCAGAACACAAGAAACGUUUAGCUGUCACCACCAAGCCUCCACCUAUAACUUCUGAUCCUACAUCAGGGCUGCCCAACACCAGGCUAUUCACUACAAGCUCCACACACAGUGUGAAGGUUAAAACUGUUCAAACCACUGUAAGCUUUAGACCUGUUGACCAUACAACCCUCUCCACCCCCCAAAGGGCUUCGAUCAAUGACCCGUCAGCUAAUGCUCUACCUAAUGAGGAAUUUGUGGACUAUGAUGGGAUAAGAGACGGUAUUUUGUUGGAGUCCCACCCUGAGACCCCUGUAAAAGCUGGGCCUUCUGUGGAGCCCAGCCCUGUGAAUGUUGAAGACCUACUGCUGUGCUCAGUGAAUAUCUGUCUGAAUGGAGGUUCCUGCUACAAGAAAGGCCCAGUGAACAUCUGCGUCUGUGCACCUGGAUUCAGCGGGCUGCGCUGUGAAACAGAUGUGGACGAAUGUAACUCUAAUCCGUGUCUGAAUGGAGCCACCUGCUUGGAUGGGGUCAACUCCUUCACCUGUCUCUGCCUACCUAGCUACACAGGACAGCUCUGCGAUCAAGACUCAGAGGUGUGUGGAUUUGGCUGGCAGAAGUUUCAGUCUCACUGCUACAAGUACUUUAAACACAGACGGACCUGGGACACUGCUGAGAGGGAGUGUCGGCUGCACGGAGGUCACCUGGCCAGCAUCCUGUCACAGGAGGAGCAGAUCUUUGUCAACCGUCUGGGUAGUGACUACCAGUGGAUUGGCCUGAAUGACAGGAUGUUUGAGAGAGACUUCAGGUGGACGGAUGGCAAACCAAUGCAAUAUGACCACUGGAGGCCGAACCAGCCGGACAGCUUCUUCCAGUCCGGAGAGGACUGCGUGGUGAUGAUAUGGCAUGAAGGAGGACAGUGGAACGAUGUGCCCUGCAAUUAUCACCUGACCUUCACCUGCAAAAAGGGAACAGUGGCCUGUAGCCAGCCCCCUGUGGUGAAGCAUGCUGAAGUGUUUGGAGCAAAGAAGCCUCGCUAUGAGAUCAAUUCCCUGGUCCGAUAUCACUGUAAGAAGGGCUUCAUCCAGAGACACACUCCAACUAUACGCUGCUGCUCCAACGGCCAAUGGGAAAUGCCUAAAGUAACCUGCAUGAGUCCUGCAACCUACCACCAGUCAAUGAUUGUUCAGCACUAUGGCAACCAGAGAGAAGAGCAAAAGAGGCACCACCUCCAUCACACAAUCAGUCAAGAGAAACAAAAUCAAGAGCAGGAGCAGAGUUACAGCAUCCUGGAAACCCUCUGGAACCCCUUCCAGAACCGAGUUCAGCAGCUUCUCCAGGAGAAGAGGCACACAAACAAUGGGGGUCUCAUCAGUAACUGAAUGUGUUUGAAGAUUUGUAAAUUCAAAUUGUGACAGCAACAAAUCAAUGCAGGCUGGCCUUGUUGGUCCAGUGGGAUCAAUAGACAGAAGCAGUGUUUUUAGACUACCUGUCUAUUGAUGGAUCUCACAAGAAUAUGUGAGAUGUGCCAACAUGUAUUAUGAAAAAAAAAAAAAAACCAAACAAACAUUCUAAAAAACUGUAGGAUGUUAACUAAAACAAACAGGACCAAUUAGCUUUUUUCCUAUUGUCUCAGUUUUCUUACAAUGUUACAAAGCUCAAAUCACUGACACUCUUUCUUGUUAAAACCUUAGAAAAUGGCAGGCUGUCAUUUUAGUAGUAAUAAAAUAUAUUUACCGGGGGCGUUCUAUAGUGUCUAAUGUUUCUUUUAAGCUUUCACUUCCAACAAUAUUAGGACACAGAGGAGGCUACCACACUGUUCAUGCUGAGAUGAUACUUUGUUUAACAUGUCCCAAAUAUCAGACUUUCCAUAAAACAAGAAAACAUGAUCUUUGUAACAGCACGCAAGAAGCUGCCCUUUUUUUAAUGAAGAUUUUGAUUUGGUCAGCAUAAAUGACAUUAAUAUUAUCAGAAAUACUGUAUACACCAAUCAGGCAUUUCAUUACAACUACUAACAUUUAAAGUGAUUAACACUGUUUAUCUGUUUAUCAUUGCACCUGCUAGGGGUUGGAUUUAUUAAGUAGCAAUAGAACAUUUUGUCCAUAAAGUUGAUGUGUCAGAAGCAGGCCCUUGUGGUCCAAUCCAACAGACAAAUUACUUUUGUUAAAUAAAGGUGUCAGAAUACUUGUUGACGUUUAUGGAUAGCCAUUUAUCCGGUCACUUUGACAUGUACCACCCACAUAAACAGAGCAUGUUCACACUUUCAUGGAAACGGUUACUCCCAGAUGACUUUGGCUUCUUACAGUAGUAUAAUACACCUUGCCAUCAAGUAACAAUAGUUCAAGAACAGUUUGAGGUAACAAAGGUGAGGUGUUGACUUGGCCUCCAAAUUUCCCAGAUCUCAAUUCAACUGGGCUUCUGCAGGAUGUAUGACCACACAUGGAUCAGAGUCCACUUGGCAACGUCCGAUACUUAAUAACUCGCUACUAACGUUCUGGGUACCACAGCAUGCCUUCUUUGGUCUAAUGGAUUCCAACUUUCCAACUUCGUUUUGUCACCAAAUGGAGAACCAGCACACUUUUAAGCAAACAAGUCAUAAUGUUAUGCCUGAUCGGUGUACGUCAUCUUGCUGAGCAUCUGUUUGAACACAUUUUUAGAAUAGAAUAGAAUUACAAAUAAUUUUGAACUAAUGAUCUCAUCAUUAGUUGAAAAUGCCAGGAAUCUGGCAUGAAAUUUAUCUAACACUAUAGAGAGCAAAAAAUACUACAGUGUGUAUUUGCAAAUCAAAUUAUUGGGACUGUCAUUCAUUGUUUAAGAUCCCCAAAAAAGCAGAACAUGUGUUUAUCUUGUUUUGGCCGAGUCUGGAGUUUUAUAAGUUUGUUCUUUUUUCAGACCUGAGUUAAGUAGUGUUGCAGCCAUUGGGACUAUUUGCCACAAAUGGUAAGGUGGAGUGAGCUAAAAAUACAAUAACAAGUUUGUAAGUUGCAUAAAGUAAUCCUUUUAUACACAUUUGGCAGCCUGGGUGUGUAACUAUCAAUGUCACUGCAGAAAUUGGAAGUUACCAGUACUUUUGUCAAUGUCCCAGAACAGGCUUCAUUAGUAUGGUGCUGUAUUAAUCCACCCAUCUGAUUCUGGGGAUCUAGAGCUUUUUCCACUGAAAAAUGCCUUCAUCAUCAUGCCCUGAGCUAUAUCUGGCAAAUGUGUUAUCUUUGAGGGUAUACACUCCUAUAAGGAAAGAGCUGUAGUGCACAUCUGAGACAGUAUGUUUUAAGACAUGCAAAUCAGUAACCUUACCAGUUGGACUAGUGCCUUACUUAAUGUUUAGGAAAGUUAUUUGUAAAACAUUACAGUUCGAUUGAUCUAUGUCUUUUUAAGUCCUAAAAGGAUCAUUUGGAUUUUUUUAAAGAGGAAAUUUACAGAGAGACUGUAAGCAGUCAGUAUCUUACCUGCAGUAGACGAGUCCCUGCAGCCCUGCCAUGUUCGAUGCACAGAAAGAAAUGCAGACUGUACAAUCACGCCAACAGCUUUCAAAGCAAGACCAGUUCCAACGCAGACUCAAAAUGACUAAUAAAUAUCAAAGCAGUUCAUUAGCACGGUAAUCCAUCCCACUGUCAUGUUUCAAAAAUGAAAUUAUAAUAUAUAGAUCAAAUUUUAUCUUUUCAAAUUAUAAUCACAUAGUUUUUUAGAUCUGUUUCCUCUCUAUAUUUUUUAUGUUGUUUGGGUGAGAAUAGGUUUGAAAAAGUGCAGACUAAUGCACAUAAAGGUAAAAGUAGAAUAUUAUGAAUUUGCAGUGUGUGCCAUUCCUAUUAAUGAGCUAUAUAUUAUGAAGCCACCUGACUUUAACUUAUUACAUACUUUUACUUUGUAUGGACUGUGAUCAAAUAAAGGCUGUUGGGCCUGAGGUGAGUUAUCCAUUAUUAUCCUCAUUGUUUAUAGAUUUUUGUCCUUAUGCUUAUUAAUAUGAAUCAGAAAUACUGUUACCAUGUAGUCCUAAAAUGCGUAUUGUUUUACACACUGCAUGUGUUUUAACAUGGUGCAACUCAAAAUCAGUGCAACAAAUUCACCCUAUCAAUUCUUAGAGUUUCAGAGGUGUUCUCAUCCACAUCCUUGUGUUUUUUGCUGCACAGCUGGAAUCUGUGUUUUAGAAAAAAACAGAUAAACAUAUGAAUAACUUUUUCAUGAUACUUUUAAAAUAUUUUUCUACAUUAUGGUGUUACUAUACUUGAUAUGUAGUGCAAAAACCUGUUUGUUUCAUCCAUUUAACUGUGCAACUGCUCAUUACCAUUGUUUUAUCGUAUUUGUCAGCUGUGUUUGAAGUCAAGAUGUUGUAAUACAACUUUGUCAGCUUGUAAUGUUUUAUGUCAUAUCACUUUAUUAAAGAGGUUAUUAAAGAG